CGGCAGUAGCACACAUGCUCGGCACACGGCCGGUCUAACGUUUCUCGGCACACGAUCGUCGUAGAACGUAGGCGCAACGGAUAACGUCGGUCGCGUGUGCGCAUUUUCACGCAUUGCACACACCCCCGGUCGCCGCGCGCACACUGCCACCCUCGUGGUCAUAGUCAACCACCACCGCGGUAUACGAGCGGUAAUAAUUAGAUUAUUAUAAUAUUAUUAUCUCAGUCGUCAGUCGUGUGCGAGACGACGUGUUUUCGACGGUUUCGCGCGCUGCCGAGUGUUUGUCGCGGGAAAAUCAUGCGAGCACGAUUCCUGACCUAACGGACACUGUACCAUAAUAUUAUCGUAGAUCUUUAUAAAUUGCAUCUUACGUACGUAUUACGACUAGCUAGGUGAUCAUGUCGGCCUCCAGCGGAAGAGACAAGACGGACGCCACCGGCAGCAGGUGCUCCGGCGGGGGACCAGAAGCAGGAAGUUGUGGCGUGCCAGAUAUGACGUCCAUAUCAGACAUAGACGAGGACGUUAUAAACAAAAAUUUGCAGAAAAGAUACUCGGAUAAUCACAUAUACACUUACACAGGAACGAUAUUGGUUGCAGUGAACCCGUACAAGGAGUUGGGAAUUUACUCAAAUGACUACGUGUUUCAAUAUCAUGGAUCAAAAAUUGGUGUGUUGGAACCACACGUGUUCGCCGUGGCCGAAGCAGCCUAUAACAGUUUGCAGACCGGAGACAUAGACCAAUCGUGCGUGAUAUCAGGCGAAAGUGGAGCAGGAAAGACGGAAACGACCAAAUUCAUUUUGCAAUAUUUGUGCUCGGUGACCAGCAACGUGAGCACGUGGGUCGAACAGCAGAUACUCGAAGCCAACACAAUUUUGGAGUCGUUUGGUAACGCGAAAACUGCAAGGAACGACAAUUCUAGCCGCUUUGGAAAGUUCAUGCAGGUGUGCUUCGAUGGAAAAUGGAUGAUUAAAGGAUGCAUUAUACAAGAUUACCUGCUUGAACAGUCGAGAAUUACGUUCCAAAGUGCCGGCGAACGGAACUAUCACGUGUUUUAUCAGCUCGCCGAAGGCGCUAGGCAUAAUAAGGACUUGGUGGAGCUGUACAAAUUGAAACCACCCGAGUUCUACAACUACCUGAACCAGUCGGGCUGCAUAAUCAUUGACGGCGUUUCGGACGUACACAAAUUCGAUGCGCUGCGUUUGGCGUUCAACGUGCUCCGCAUACCACUCAACAUGGUCGAUGGUAUUUUCUGCGUUUUAUCAGCCAUCUUGUGGCUGGGAAACACGGUUUUCCGGGACGUCGAUGGAGAAAAAUGUCAACUGACCGAAAACGACCACGAAAUACUAUCAGUCGUGUCUCACCUACUAGGACUUCAGAAAGAAGACGUGGUCCACGUGGCAUUGCUCAGACAGAUAAAUGUGCGCGGAAACAUCACUGAAAUACCUCUAAAAUUACCAGAAGCGAUCGAAAAUCGACAUGCAAUGGCUAAAGCGCUGUACUCGCGAACUUUCGCAUGGCUCGUGAACCACAUCAAUACCUGCACUAAUCCUGGACAAGAUACGUCCAGAUUCCUCGGCGUUCUUGACAUAUUCGGCUUCGAAAAUUUCACCAUCAAUUCGUUCGAACAACUGUGUAUAAAUUAUACUAAUGAGAAGCUGCAUAAAUUUUUCAAUCACUACGUUUUUGCAUUGGAACAAGAAAUCUAUCGUCAAGAAGAAAUCAAAUUUUCUCACAUUCAGUUCACUGAUAACACGACGUGCCUAGAACUGAUCGAGAAACCACCUCGUUGUAUUCUAAAGUUGCUGACCGAACAGUGUCAUAUGCCUAAGGGAUCGGACACUACAUACCUGAUGAAUUUGCACACGGAAUUCGAAGGUCAUCCAAAUUUCGUGAAAGGAGACGAUCGUCGGAAAUGGGAAUCGGAAUUCAGUAUCAUGCACUAUGCUGGAUCCGUAACGUACACUGCUAGUGGUUUUGUCGACAAGAAUCGUGAUGUUCAGCAAGAUGUGUUUUUUGAUUUCAUGACGCGUUCGACAAACGUCUUUGUGCGCGAACUUAUCAAAUAUCAGGAUUUACUUGGAUCUACCGUGUCACGAAUGGGCAGUGCCAACUCAACAUCCACUAGAGGAACCACCAAAGGUCGACCAACUGUUAGUGAUACAUUUAGGCAUCAAUUGCAAGCGUUGGUAGAUGUCUUACAAUCCACUAAUCCAUGGUACGUGAGAUGCAUUAAGCCGAACACGAUAAAAGCGCCAAAUCAUUACAACGAAAAGUUAGUAUUGGACCAGUUGAAGUACUUGGGAAUGUUGGAUAUAAUUAGAAUUCGCAAGGAGGGAUAUCCCAUACAUCUGUCGUUUCACGAGUUUCUUAGCCGUUAUCGUUGUUUGGUGAGAAAAAAACUACCCGAUGAAGAGCGUUCAGCCGUUAAAGCGUUCUUGACGCUGCAAAACAUUCCUUCGGAAGAGUGUCAGAUAGGUAAAUCGAAGGUAUUUCUUCGGAACAAAGCACACGAACCACUCGAAGAUCAACGGAAAGUAAUGCUCAACUUGAUGGCCACGAUAAUUCAACGAACAUGGAGAGGAUACUUCGUCAGGAAAGAUUACAUCAAAACACGUACCGCGGUGAUAAUUGUACAAACAGCGUUCAAAAGUUGGAAACAACGUUUAGUGUUUUUGAAGAAACGUAGAGCUGCGAUCGUUAUCCAGUCGCAUUUAAGAGGCGUUUUUGCACGAGAGGUUGCCGCGGCCUUGCGUGAGAUGAGAAGAGUAGAAGAAGAAAUGCGGAAACGAGAACGAGUAGAAGAAGAAAAACGCAAAGCCGAAGAGGUCAAAGAAAAGUAUCAAGAGAAUGAACAGUUAAAUGAAUUGCAAAUCGAGAAAGACGAGAAGAUAUCCGAAAUAGAAUUUGCAAAAUUGGCGGAACAAUUAAACUCAAGGCUUCAAGUAGAUCCUGCGCACGAGUCCGUGGACUUGGACAACUUAUUUGCGUUUUUAUCUGAUGUCCAGUCCGGGCGCACCAUAGACACUGUAGGAGACCGUAUGAAGGAAAUAUUGGAGAGCGUAAUCCAGCGAGAAAUAGAAAUCGUCGAAAUGGAACUUGAGAGCAGAGGGCUAGAGAAAUCGUCAUCAGCAAAUGCACUACAGAUGGUGUUACCGGAGCCAUCGCAUCCACCACCACCUCCGCCACCGUUUAACCAGCAGCCGACGAAAGCCAAUGAUGAACCGAUUUACGAGGCAGUUUUACCCAGGGAUGAAGAUAACGUGUCGCCGCCGCCCCUACCCACGCCACCACACAAACUGAUCAGAGCCAAAAGUCCAGUGGCGAUCGAUAACGCAAACAGAUCUAUUAGUCCAGCCGCUACCGCUGCAGCUGCCCUGUCAUCACCCCGGCAGAGCAGGCCUAGCUCCAGGACUUCCGGAACGGGGGGCGCAAAUUGGAAACACAAUAAUGGAUUUGUUGAAGACACAGAACGCGAUCAGAGGAGGAAAUUCAGAGUGGAAAAGAAACUACAAGAAAUGGAAAACAUUCAAGAGAAAUUGAAUGUUGAACCGCUGCACGACAACUAUCACGAUAUCCUUGAAUUCGCUGAAAAUUAUUUCAAUGCUCAUGAGCGUUCACCGGAAGGAACGAUAAUAGCCACGCUGAAGAGGAAAAGCAAGUCAAUGGAAAAGAUACCCAUGUACGAAAUGGUUUCGUUCCACCGUGGGUCAACUAUUCCGACAUCACACAUACACAUGUACGAUCCGGAUAAUAUAACGAUAGCCAUAUCAAUAUUUAGGGACCUCUGUAAAUAUACCAGAGGUGAUAUAAAACAAGAUACCGAAGUACAAAUCAUCCAGUCGAUAAUUGGCGCAGGGAUUAACCGCGAAGAAUUGCGAGACGAAAUUUUUGUACAGUGCAUGCGACAAGCAACGAACAAUCCUAACACUGAGUCUACUGAGAGAGUGUGGCUGCUCAUUUGUCUCGCGAUCGUUGCGUUUCAGCCCAGCAAGCUACUCUACAAAUACUUCGUGAGCUUUUUGCGGAAGAAUUUGCAGUGUGAAGGAAAACUCAAACAAUACGUCCAAUGGUGUCUCGAUAAUUGUAAAAACACGAAAGUGUCGUGUCGACAGUACCCACCGUCAACAGUUGAAAUCGCGGCUAUGCGGAGACUCGGUACGAUCGUCUGCAGAUUUUUCUUCUUGGACGGCCGAACCAAAGCGAUUGACAUCCAUCCAACGGACACGGCCAGUGAUGCAGUUUACAAGCUAGCGGACAAAUUGUGUUUGAGGUCGAUUGACGGUUGGUCGAUAUACCAGAGUCGGUCAGAUGGCGAAGAACAUGUCCGUGCUCAUUAUUACCUGUACGACAUCAUCGCCGCUUGGCAAUCAAAACAACAAAUCAAACAGACUACUCAAUCGAGUAGUAGCUUUCCCUCUCUUAGCCGGCGGUCCAGCAACACGACUUUGACCAGUGGCGAAAACCGUUUUAUAUUCAAACGUCGACUGUUCCGGCAUUCCAGAGAAAUUUCACAGGACCCGAUCGAAGUGAACCUGUUGUACGCACAGGCCGUCUACUGUGUAGUAAAGUGUGACGAUUUUCCGGUCAGUGAAAAAGUUGCUCUCCAGUUGGCUGGACUUCAGUGUCAAGUGUCACUCGGCGAUCCCAAAGAGUCAACUUUGGAGUAUUACGCAGAUGUCGAAAACUACAUACCAUUUAGGAUAAGCAGAAUAAGGAGUUCUGAUACUUGGGUCCCGAUACUGGCGCAAGCUCAUCAACAAUAUGGCGCUGGUAGAUCGGAGCUAAUGGCAAAGGUCUUGUACUUGUCGUGUGUAAUGCAAUAUCCAUUGUAUGGCACCACGAUGUUCCACGUCACCUACAGAGGUUACUGGUCGUACGGAAACACUCUAAUACUCGGUGUUAACUGCGAAGGACUUAUGUUGAUUAAGCCGGAAGACAAAUUCGUUAUGUACGAGUUCAGGUAUACCGACGUCGAAUCAAUAUUUUUGGACCCCAGUGAUUGUUUCCUGACCAUUAAUUUAAUGAGACAUCAAAACGACAACGCCUCCGCGCAUAAGUGUUUCGUCUUCGAAACACAACAGAAAUCCGAAAUCGGUUCGCUCAUUGUGAGUUAUUGUCCAGGGCUGGCCGGUUGGAUAAUCGAAAACGAAGCACCGGUUAAAGCAAUUACGAACGACGAUCGCAUUCGACUGUAUCACAACGUGAUCAACUGCCGGCGAAAUUUAAUCGAUUCAGACAUGUUGAAUAAGCCUCAGGACACCUCUGGUAGUUUCUUAAAGAACACUUUGCGCAGAUUGAGCAAACACAAAUUGGAAAAAUUAUGGGCUGAACACAUAGGAUCAUUGUCCGAACACGGAGAAACAUACAAGGGAUUCUCUGGCUCUUAUUGGUCAUUCAGUAGACAGACAAUUUCCCAAAGUCUCAGCCGGUUAUCUGAACAAGACGAACAAAUAGCUUUGCAAAUGUUUCAGAUCAUAUUAAAAUAUGCUGGAUUAGGUCAAAAUGGAGAAGUCGUCCGACGAGCUGAAGACGAACACGUCACCCUAAUACAAAACGUCAUGGAGAGAUCAAUGCGCAAGGAAUCGUUGCUCUGCGAAUUGUACCUGCAACUGAUUAAGCAGACCACCGAACAUCCAGAUCCAAACUCUAGAGUCAACCUCAGGCAUUGGGCUCUGUUGUCACUUACGUGCUCAGUCAUCUUGCCACCGCAACGUAACAUUCGAAAAUAUUUGAUUGCACACCUACGGAAGUGCGCCGGCGAUUGUGUGACCGAGGAAGGAAAGUACGCCAGGUUCGCGGAAAAGUGCGUAUCGAAAACCCAAGGAACGAGGAGACGACAGUGGCCGCCGUCUAGAGAAGAAAUAUUGUGCACGAUAAACAGGAGGUUAAUUUACGCCCGAUUUCAUUUCAUGGACGGACAAUACCAUGCCAUUGAGUUUCACCCAUCUUCAACGGCUAAAGACGUAGUGGAAAUCGUUAAGAAUAAAAUUGGACUUAGAAAAACAGCGAUGGGAUAUGCGAUCUACGAGGUGUUGGGCAAUUCCGAGAGGAGUUUAGUGGCUGAAGAAAAACUAGCCGACGUCAUGUCGAAGUGGGAAAGAUACAGAAACGCCAACACUGGAACUGCAAACACGUCCAAGCCCAUCCGAAAGCACAGCCACAUAUUCCUAUUCAAAAAACACCUAUUCCUCGACCAGUACAUGGACCUAGAUGAUCCGGUCGAAAAAGAACUGUUGUAUCAUCAGGUGCUACAUGGCCUCCGGUGUGAUCGAUUCCCGGUGACCGAUAACGAAGCGGUUAUGUUAACCUCUUUACAAGCUCAAGUAGAAUUAGGAGACUGCGAAGACACCGUACUGGAAUACCGACAAGUUUCGUGUCACUGCCUCCCGUCGAGACUAGUCACCAAUAUACCAAACGAGGAUGUUGCGAUGCACCACCAGAGUUUGAGAGGAAUGACUUCAGCUGAGGCCAAGAAAGCAUUCUUAAACUUAAUCAAAAGCUGGCCACUGCACAGAGCUACUAUUUUUGACGUUAUGCAAUCUUUCACCUCAAAUUGGCCACGUGUCUUGUGGUUGGCUGUGGAUCAAGCCGGGUUGCAUCUACUGGAACACCGGUCUCGAAAUGCGUUGUGCUCGUACGAAUACGAUAGUAUCUUGAGUUACAGUCCAGCCGUUAACUGUCUGAUGAUCAUCACGGGCAGUGACAAAAAACAGAGCAAAAUAAUAUUGACUACUUCACAGGCGUUCCAAGUGGCGAACCUGAUCCGUGAGUAUACGGAAGUGCUUCAGUCGCCGCAGGCGUUCAAAAAACGCGAAGGUGGUGGCGGUGGCGGCCGCAAAAACGGUCUGAACGGUUCGAGUUCGAGACCGGUGAGCAUACUGCACAAACCGGCGCCGGCGAUUGAACUUCAGACAUGAUCCGAAGACCGACGGACGUCCGAUUGUCGGCAGCAGAAAAACGGCGAUUGAUCGGACAAAACCGCAUAAGAAUACGUGUAGAUUGUCAUUGUCAUAACAUCAACAACAGUGUCCAUUAUUUCGUUUCCACGAAGCUUAUGUUCGAGUUCGUCGUCGACCACUCUGCGUUGUUAGGAAUAUAAUGUAACAAUUUUAUUAUAAUAAGUAUAUCGAGUGUUUUGUGAACUGUAACUGCGCAGUUGUAUAAGAUAUAUUUUUUUUUUAUGAUGGAAAUUCAAUGCUAAAAAAGCGAUUCGCAUGGUGUAAAUUUAAUUUUAUGUAGACAAACCCUGUUGUAAUAAUAAUAUAUUAUAUUAMAACGGAAUUUAUUGUAAUAGUUGGUUAGGUAUAUUUUUCUAAUACCUAUAGUGUACCUAUUAUUCAACCAAACUAAGGUUAAAUUAGAACAACAGACUUUGUCGAACGACUUAGCUGACCAUUAUUAACCACUUAUACACAAAUAAUGUACUGACUACAAUAACUUAACUCCAUAGAUCGUAUGAUUGUUAAAAACAAUUUACUACCUAGUACUAGCUAAGUAUACCUAUAAACUAGUAAAUUUCCCAGUUGUUAUAAUGACAGUUAAUUCUUAUAGUAAAAUAUAACCAUUGAUAAUAUUCUUAUAAUAAUAUAUAGUCACGAUUUUAUAAAUUUUGUUUUUCUAUUUAAAUCAAUUUACAUAAUUAUUCUAUAUUAUCUAGUUUGUCGUUAUUACAAUCUAAGUUAAAUAAUAUCUAUAAAUAAAAUUUAUCAUAAAAUUAUUUUAAUUGAUGUAUAAGUUUUAUUUAGGUAAUUUUAUAGAAUCAUAGCUAAAAUUUACUCAAUUAAAUUGUAUAUUAUAAUGUGUGUAUUGACUAAUGCUAUAAUUCGAAGCGUGGAAUGUAGCAACAACGAACGUUAACGACAUUUUAAUUUUCUCUUCGAACACCACCCAAGAAUACGCAUUCAAAUGUCGACAUAAUACGGACCAAAUAUUAUACAUAAUAACUUAGUCGAAUUCUAUGAGAUAAAUAUUACUCUAAGUUCUCACGCGAGUCGACCACUCAUUUCUUGGACACUCGUCUAUAAAAUCAGAUUUACUGACGCUUGGCGUAUAGGUAGUUAUAUAUUUUUUAAUAUUUCAUACCUAUACAGGUGGG